CUCAUAUAUUCUCUCUAUCUUUUGUUCUUUGCAUUGCAUGCUGCCUACCCUUUACUUACCUCUACCAUUUCUAAACCAAUCCAAGAAAUGAGGAUGAUGGUAGACUUGGGAAGCCAAAGAGGCCCUCUUCAAAUUAUAGACACAGCUACCUCUGUUGAAUGUGGGAGAGAAGUUAGGUUUCGCCGUUCCUUUCGUUCUUUAGUUGAGUGUAUGGUCCCUUGUUGUGGUUUCCAACCAUCAGAUUCAAUGUCCAGUGACACAGACUCCACAACCACUCACGCCUCCACAAUAACGGGCACCUUUUUUGGUUACAGGAAAGGCCGUGUCAGCUUUUGUCUACAAGACGACACUCGUAGCUCUCCUCUUCUGUUACUCGAAUUCGCUGUCCCCACUGCUUAUCUCGCCAGAGAGAUGCAGUACGGUUUGCUUCGAAUCGCUCUAGAGUGUGACCGACAAAAGCAGAGCUCCACUUCUUGCUCUCUAUUUAACGUGCCUGUUUGGUCCAUGUACUGCAAUGGUAGGAAGGUUGGGUUCGCCAUUAGAAGGCAGUUGAGUGUGAGUGACGUGGCGGUGCUUAAACUUAUGCAGUCUGUCUCUGUUGGUGCGGGUGUUUUGCCUGUUGCUCCAAAGUUGGAAGAAGAAGGAGACCUCAUGUAUCUACGUGCAAGUUUCGAGCGGGUUAUUGGAUCAGCUGAUUCGGAGUCGUUUCACAUGAUUAACCCGGUCGGGAGUUCUGGACAAGAACUCAGUAUUUUUCUGUUAAGAUCAUGAUACUCUCCUUCUACUUCACUCAUCCUGUGUAAUACAUUUUCAUUUCCUCCUCAUCAUUAUGUCUCAUCCCAGUAUCCCACCCACCCCUGUACUAGCUAGGUUUUUUCUUAAUAUUAAACUUUAUAUGUAAAUUACUUAUAUCAAAUCUCUAAUUUUAGAUCUAUAAAUCCAGUUUUAUAAAUAAAAUUCGUGUAUAUGCAAACGAGCUUCUUGUUCUGUAAGAUGGGAAUCAAAGCAUGGAAAU